CGGCCCGCGCCUUUGUGCGCUCUUUCCGCGGCCGCUGAUUGUUGAGGUUUGAAAUGGAGAAACGAGGCGGGGGGGAUGGGGGUGUUUGAUUUAUGGUGCCGGAGCGGCUCCGAAAGCCGCCGUGAGACGGAGCCCUCCCCCUCUUCCCCGGGAUCGCGGUGCUGUUGGAGGGAUCUUUAAAGAGGUGAAGGUCUGGAAACAAAAAGUCGCGCAUGGGACAGGAUUACGCAGCCGAUUCUGGCCCAACCCGGAAGUUUAUGUCGGGAACACGUGUUGGUGGGAAGGUGGCGGGGCGGCAGCCGCCGACCCCCCGUCUCUCCCGUCGCCUCCCCCGGGGGCUUCCCCGCCCCGCCGAGCCCUCUGGGGCCCCGCUGCUCCCGGGGAGCUGAACCGCGGCGACGGACACGGCCUCAAAGUCCAGGGACUCUUAACGAGCGCACCUCAAACAGAGGUUGCUAGGAGAUGGUGGAGCCAGGACAAGAUCUGUUGCUUGCUGCUUUGAGUGAGAGUGGAAUCAGUCCAAAUGAUCUCUUUGAUAUUGACUCUCCAGACGUGGUUCUUGCAAAUCCAGCACCAACUCCAGCUGUUCAGCAGUCGGUGCCGCUCAGCGCCUUGGAGCUGGGCCUGGACACUGAGGCUGCAGCUGCUGUGAAACAAGAACCAGAGACUGUCUCCACUCCAGCCUUGUUAAAUGUUCGGCAACCACCAUCCACCACAACCUUUGUGCUGAAUCAAAUAAAUCAGCUUCCAACUCUGGGGACGACCAUAGUGGUGACAAAAACAACACCUGUCACGACCUCAAGGCAGACGAUCACUGUAGCAAAGAUCAUCCAGACCAGCACAACCACCCGGCCCUCGGUGGCAGCACCAGCAGUUCGCAAUGCCUUGACCACUGCACCUUCCAAGGACCAGAUUCAGCUGAAAGAUCUGCUCAAGAACAAUAGUCUUAAUGAACUCAUGAAAUUGAAGCCACCUCCUAAUAUUGCCCAACCAGUAGCAACAGCAGCAACUGACCUAAGCAAUGGUGCAGUGAAGAAGGAGGCUUCCACAAAAGAGGUAGCAAGAAUAUGGAUAAAUGACAUUAAAAUGAGAAGUUUUUCACCGACUGUGAAAGUGCCAGCAGUAAAAGAAGAGGAGGAACCUGAGGAAGAAGAUGAAGAAGAAAUGGGCCAUGCAGAGACCUACGCUGAAUAUAUGCCAAUAAAAUUAAAAAUUGGUCUACGUCAUCCUGACCCAGUAGUGGAAACCAGCUCCUUAUCCAGUGUGACUCCUCCUGAUGUGUGGUACCAGACAUCAAUAUCAGAGGAAACAAUUGACAGUGGCUGGUUGUCAGCUUUGCAGCUGGAAGCAAUCACUUAUGCAGCCCAGCAACAUGAAACAUUCCUGCCCAAUGGAGACAGAGCUGGAUUCUUGAUAGGUGAUGGUGCUGGUGUAGGAAAAGGAAGGACCAUAGCUGGAAUAAUCUAUGAAAAUUACUUGUUAGGCAGAAAAAGAGCAGUCUGGUUUAGCGUGUCAAAUGAUCUGAAAUACGAUGCUGAGAGAGAUUUGAGAGAUAUUGGAGCAAAAAACAUAUUGGUGCAUUCAUUAAACAAGUUCAAGUAUGGGAAGAUUUCUUCCAAACAUAAUGGAAGUGUGAAGAAAGGUGUCAUCUUUGCUACCUAUUCUUCCCUUAUUGGGGAAAGUCAGUCUGGUGGUAAAUACAAAACCAGAUUAAAGCAGCUUCUUCACUGGUGUGGUGAAGACUUUGAUGGAGUUAUCGUGUUUGACGAGUGUCAUAAAGCAAAGAAUCUGUGUCCUGUUGGUUCAUCGAAACCAACAAAAACAGGUCUGGCUGUAUUGGAACUUCAAAAUAAACUUCCAAAAGCCAGGGUUGUUUAUGCCAGUGCCACAGGUGCAUCUGAGCCAAGAAACAUGGCAUAUAUGAACCGUCUUGGAAUAUGGGGUGAAGGAACUCCAUUUAGGGAAUUCAGUGAUUUUAUUCAGGCUGUUGAAAGAAGAGGUGUUGGUGCCAUGGAAAUAGUUGCUAUGGAUAUGAAGCUGAGAGGAAUGUACAUAGCCAGACAGUUGAGUUUUUCAGGUGUAACUUUCAAAAUCGACGAAGUUCUGCUCUCACAGGAAUAUGUUAAAAUGUACAAUAAAUCUGUCAAACUGUGGGUCAGUGCUCGAGAGAGGUUUCAGCAAGCGGCCGAUCUCAUCGAUGCCGAGCAGCGCAUGAAGAAAUCCAUGUGGGGUCAGUUCUGGUCAGCUCACCAGAGGUUUUUCAAAUAUCUUUGCAUAGCCUCAAAGGUGAAGAGGGUGGUGCAGCUGGCUCGGGAAGAAAUCAAGAAUGGCAAAUGUGUUGUCAUUGGCCUGCAGUCGACAGGAGAAGCAAGAACAUUGGAAGCUUUGGAGGAAGGUGGUGGGGAACUGAAUGACUUUGUUUCUACAGCAAAAGGAGUAUUCCAGUCUCUUAUUGAGAAGCACUUUCCAGCUCCUGACAGGAAGAAGCUGUUCAGCUUGUUGGGAAUUGACUUGACUGCUCAAAGUAAUAACAAUUCACCCCGGGACAGCCCUUGCAAGGAGAACAAAGUAAAGAAACGAAAAGGUGAAGAAAUAAGCAGAGAAGCCAAAAAAGCCCGCAAAACAGGUGGCCUUGCAGGGAGCAGCUCUGAUGAGAGUGAAAGUGAGUCUGAUGCUUCAGACAAUGAAGAAAGUGACAAUGAGAGCUCCAAAUUUUUGAGUUCUGGAGACGAUGAUGACUUCAACCCUUUCAGAGAUGAAUCCAGUGAAGAUGAUGAAGAUGAUCCCUGGUUGAUUAGAAAAGAGCAUAAAAAAAAUAAAGAAAAGAAAAAGAAGAAAAGCAUAGACCCAGAUUCUAUUCAAAGUGCCUUACUAGCCUCUGGUCUGGGAUCCAAACGACCCAGCUGCUUCACUUCCACUGUUGGAACCACCACUUCUAGUACCAACACGUCUGCAAACAGUAACACAAACAGCAGCUUUGUAACGAGUCAGGAUGCUGUUGAAAGGGCCCAACAAAUGAAAAAAGAACUGCUGGAUAAACUGGAAAAGCUGGCUGAAGAUCUUCCACCUAAUACACUGGAUGAGCUUAUAGAUGAACUGGGUGGUCCUGAAAAUGUUGCAGAGAUGACGGGCCGCAAAGGCAGAGUGGUGAGCAACGACGAUGGCAGCAUCUCCUACGAGUCACGCUCUGAACUCGAUGUGCCCGUUGAAAUCCUGAACAUCACAGAGAAGCAGAGGUUCAUGGAUGGAGAUAAGAACAUUGCCAUCAUCUCAGAGGCUGCCAGCUCUGGUAUCUCACUGCAAGCAGACCGCAGGGCCAAGAACCAGAGGCGGAGGGUCCACAUGACCCUGGAGCUGCCGUGGAGCGCGGACAGAGCAAUCCAGCAGUUUGGAAGAACUCAUAGAUCCAACCAAGUGACUGCUCCAGAGUAUGUGUUCCUCAUUUCUGAACUGGCAGGAGAGCAAAGAUUUGCAUCUAUAGUUGCAAAAAGACUGGAGAGUUUGGGAGCCCUAACCCACGGGGACAGACGGGCCACAGAAACUCGAGACCUCAGCAGAUUCAAUUUUGACAACAAGUAUGGCAGAAAUGCUCUGGAGAUUGUUAUGAAAUCCAUUGUGAACUUGGACUCCCCAAUGGUCUCACCUCCUCCUGAUUUUCCUGGAGACUUCUUCAAAGAUGUUCGUCAAGGAUUGAUUGGUGUAGGCUUGAUAAAUGUAGAAGACAGAUCUGGAAUACUGACCCUUGAUAAAGAUUACAACAAUAUAGGGAAAUUUCUGAAUCGAAUUCUUGGCAUGGAAGUCCAUCAGCAGAAUGCUUUGUUCCAGUACUUCUCUGACACGUUAAAUGCAGUUAUUCAAAAUGCUAAAAAGAAUGGAAGAUAUGACAUGGGCAUCUUAGAUUUGGGCUCUGGGGAUGAGAAGGUGAGGAAGGCAGAUGUUAAGAAAUUUUUAACUCCUGGAUAUUCUACCUCUGGACAUGUAGAGCUGUACACAAUCAGUGUGGAGAGAGGAAUGUCUUGGGAUGAGGCAACAAAGAUCUGGGCAGAACAAACAGGUCCAGAUGAUGGAUUUUAUUUAUCACUACAGAUAAGAAAUAACAAGAAAACAGCAAUUCUAGUGAAAGAAGUGAAUCCUAAAAAGAAGCUUUUUUUGAUAUACAGACCAAAUACUGGGAAACAACUCAAACUAGAAACAUGUGCAGACCUGAAAAAGAAAUAUAAGAAGGUACCUUCUGAGGAUGCUCUGCCACACUGGCUGGAGCAGUACAACUCCUCUGCAGACACCUGCACCCAUGCCUACUGGAGAGGCAACUGCAAGAAGGCAGGCCUGGGGCUGGUCUGUGAGGUGGGGCUGCGCUGCAGAACCUACUACGUGCUGUGUGGCUCCGUGCUGAGCGUGUGGACGAAGGUGGAAGGAGUGCUGGCCUCCGUCAGUGGCACCAACGUCAAAAUGCAAAUCGUGCGCCUGAGGACAGAGGAUGGGCAGAGGAUCGUAGGUUUGAUCAUUCCUGCAAAUUGUGUGUCGCCCCUUGUGAACCUCCUGUCGACGUCCGACCAGUCGCAGCAGCUCGCAGUGCAGCAGCAGCAGAUCUGGCAGCAGCACCACCCCCAGAGCAUCACCAACCUCAACAACGCAUGAGAGGACAAGCUACAGGUGUUGACUUUGGUGUUUGAGGAAAAGGCUGUAAAAGCAUAUCACUUGCAUAAAAAUCAGGGACAGAUUCCAAAGAAAUAUAACUUUUUCAGUUCAGUUGUGUCUCAAAUACUUUGGGAAUAAAGAGAUCUAAAAAGGUUGGUAGAACUGAAAGCCAGCAGUUGUUUAUGGUGGUGCAUCUGUCUUUCCUUAUGCUCUCUGUAGUGCUUCCUGUUUGCUUUUACUUUUGGCCUUUUAAGCUACAAACCACAAUUUGUUUGAAAAUGCUUGAAAAUCCCCAAGCAGGCUUUAUUUUUAUCUUGUCAUACAGUGCUCAGGGUUUAACGCAGUGCAUCGAUGCCAUUGCUGUGGGAGAUCUCGAAUGCAUGUAUUGAGUAUAUAUAUAGAAAAUAUAUAUUGGGUUUUUCUCUUCAAUUUGAGUUUAUAAAAGCAUGAAACCUAGAGGUUGCACAUCAUGCAUUCAGGUUCCUUCCCAGUUUCUGUUUGACAGUGCAUGUCUUUGGAAACGGGCAUGGACGGCAUAAACACACGAGACAGGAAUUCAGAGAGAAACACAAUCUUAGUUGUACAGCAUUGGUUAUUGCAUUUUUAUAGUGUUUAUACCCAGGUGUUGCAUUUUUUCUGGUUCUCUCCUGGGAGUUAUAUAUUUGAGUCUACAACAUGUUCUUUUUGUGAUAAACAUCUUAAAUUAAAAUUAGUUCAUUUUUAAUGUAUUAAUGGUAUUCCUAAUGUGUACUGCAAAGAUGGCUGGAUGCCUGUUUUCCUUAAAUUGAAGCAUUUCCUUAAUCUGAGGUGGUUAUGGAAACUUAAGUGCAAAUUCACUUCCAUCUCGCAUACAAUCUUAUAUUUUUUACUUCAUUAACAUAAUUUAAUUUGUCACUUUUAAGAUGAAACCUUACUUGAGCUGUAAAUUAGAGAAUGGGAAACACUUGAGGGUUCCGCUGUAUGUGCUGUUUCUGUUAUGUUUAAUAUGUUGUAAGACAUUGUAGAGUUUAUCUGGAGCUGUUUAAAAGAAAUUGUAAUGUACAAAUGUGAAUAGUCACUUAUCUAUAAUAUGGGUAAGUUUUGUUUUGCCUAUAAUAGUAGAUGUUUAUAAGAAAGUGAAGGACAAUGUUUGUCAUUUCUUGCUUGCACAGGUUGCACUAUUGAAAAAUUGAGAUUGUAUAAACCUGUCCAAAAAACUACAAGAUAAUGAUCUUGUAGAUGUCAAAUAAAAGUUAUUGUACUAACAAGAA